UUUAAAUGCUGUUUGGCGCAGCAGGCACACCACGAAAUGGAGACACCGGGGCCAGGAAUUUGCUUGGAUGCGCCGGAUUCGGGGUUGAUGAGGUACGAAGUGGAUGGAAUGAAGCAGGCGGAGGUGCUUGGCAGUGGGGAGGUGAAUGUGGAGAGUAAGGAACGGGAAACGACGCCCGCGGACGUCAGGAGAAUUGCUGCGGAUCCACUGCCGGAGGCCGUGGACGCGGUACAUCGAGACAUGGUAGAGGAUGGCGGAAAUCAGCGUGAUGUCUUGCGGUUUCAAUCGGACGUCGUUACUCGAAGGGGGCCUCGGCUGUUGUCGCAGCGGAAAACUCUACCCGGAUUAGAGAAUCACCGGCGAAGGACCUUCUCAGGUCCAAGUAAGUUUGGUAAGGGUAGUCCUCUUCGUCAAGGCUCUCUGAAAGAGUUCACGCAGGAUGUACGCCACGCAGCCACUGAGACCUUCAUGAUUACCCGAUUAGCCCUCACACUGUUGAAGUUACUAGGAGUUGGAACUCGAUGGAUUGGCAAGUUCAUCCGGCUGGGUCUUUAUGCAGCGUGUCUCAUGAUAGGCUUUCUUCAGGUGGGAUAUUUCUAUUAUUUUGACCCGCGUGUACAUCGAAGCAUUAUAUAUGGAAAUCAACCUCGGAACAGGUUUGACUUGUAUUUGCCACCUAACACUGACAAACCGAGGCCAGUAGUAAUAUUUGUAACGGGCGGAGCUUGGGUUAUCGGAUAUAAGGCGUGGGGAUCUUUGUUAGCGCUGAAGUUUUUGGAUCGUAACAUCAUUGUAGCGUGCAUCGAUUACAGAAAUUUUCCUCAAGGAAGCAUCAGCGAUAUGAUAUCCGAUGUCACAACAGGGAUAGGCUAUGUGUUUCAGAACCUGGAGAGCUAUGGUGGCGACCCAAACAUGGUUUACUUAGCAGGUCAAUCUGCUGGAGCGCAUCUUGCGGCUUGUGCUUUGUUGAUGCAAGCGGAGAAAGAGAUAACUCAGGACCCAGCAGACCUUGUUUGGCGGUCAUCCCAGAUUAAUGCGUGCAUGGCUAUUUCGGGCGGAUACAACCUGACGAAGCUUUCGGAACAUUUUCAUAAAAGGGGUCUUUAUAAGCAGAUUUUCUUUAGCAUGAUGGAGGGGGAGAAGUCUUUGCCCAAAUUUUCUCCAGAAUACAUGGUUUUGACACCAGCUUUUAGAAGGGCUGUGCCUUUGCUUCCCCCUAUCACAUUGUAUCACGGAACAGCAGAUUACUCCAUUCCCCAUGUAUCCAGUGUGGCGUUUGCGGUUGCCUUGCGAUUGGUGGGUGCACGUGUUAAUACGGUGUUUUACCCAGACAAGACACACACCGACUUGUUUCUGCAGGAUCCAAUGCGAGGUGGAAAAGAUGAGUUGCUCGCAGAUAUGAUAUCUUUAAUUCAUGAGAAUGACGAGGAAGCGAGAGCAGAAGGCGUCAAGGAGGCACACUGUUGUCAACGACUUGUGCCAGAAUUUCUUUUGCAACUUGCCCGUUUAGUUAGCCCCUUUUAAAUGGGAAGACCUCUGUUAACGUCUCUUUCAGGCAGUCAAGCAUAUUUACAAAGAGCGACACACAAGUGUUCAGUUGGUGGUUUCGGCUUUACCUAGGUUACCAUGCUUUGGAGCGUAUUUUAGUUCUAGUUACAAGUCAUUCCAAUGACUUAAAGAAUUCUCUCACCGAGUUAUCGGACUAUUUGUACAAAUAGCUAUAAAGCUUCUGAGAUUUAUAGAUCAUGGUAAUCCGGGAGUGAACACUUGAGCAAGGUUCACAUAAUAGAUGACAUAGCUCUCAGGAAUUAUAGCAUCUGUCUUCAGGGCCGUAAUGUCACUUGUCAUUUUCAUUAUUAUCACCAAAAGAGUACAGAUAAUGUCGAGAAUAUGGAGUGCUGACUUGCACUCCGAGCACCCACCUCACCGUGGCCAAGUAAUUUAUCCAGUA